UAGGAGAAAGAUUCAUUCUAUAUCACCAUAUAUGGAAUUCCAAAACCUUCAGCUUGCAAGGCCUUGUGGGAUAAGUUGCAGGCGGAAGGGAGGAGUGUUUCGUGUUGUAGUUUGUGCAAAACUUUUCCAAAAAUACACCGGCAAAUAUGUCUGCUACUCUAAAGGCUACCUAUGGUUCGCUUCCAAAAGUAACGAGAGGGAAGUUCACUGUCCUCAAAGGAGAUCCCAAAGGAAAGACGUUCUUAUACACCAACAACAAGAGUGUAUUUAUUCGGGAUGUCGAGGAUUUUGCCAAAUGCGAUGUGUACACCGAUCAUGCUAAGGAUACGACAGUGGCUGCUUAUGCACCUAGUGGGAACUACAUCUGUUCUGGUGAUAUCACUGGUAAUGUGAGAAUCUGGGAUACGACCCAAAAGGACCAUCUCCUUAAGUAUGAAUAUCCCUGUAUUGGAGGUGCUAUUAAGGAUAUCGCCUGGUCUCCUGAUAGCAAGAGGAUAGUGGUAGUUGGAGAAGGCAGAGAAUCGUUUGCCAAAGUUUUCUUGUGGGAUUCUGGAUCCACUGUCGGUAACUUGAAUGGAUCUCACUCUGCCACUAUCAACUGUGUUGACUACAAACCAACUAGACCCUUCCGCAUUUGCACUGGUUCUGAAGACAGGACUGUAGGCUUCCAUGAAGGCCCUCCCUUCAAAUUCAAACACCUGAAUUCUGAACCAACCAACUUUGUCAACUGCAUUGGCUAUGCUCCAAGUGGCGACUUCUUCAUUGCUGGGUCUGCUGAUGGAAAGCUCUGCUUGUAUGAUGGCAAAGAAGGUAAUCUGGUUGCAGAAAUUGUGGACCCUGCAUUGAAAAAAGCACACAGCGGUGGUAUUUAUGGGCUUUCAUGGAGUGAUGAUAGCAAGUUUAUAUUGACUGCAUCAGGUGAUAAAUCCUGCAAGAUUUGGAAUAUUGAGGACAAAUCCUUGCAAACUGUAUUUGAGAUGGGAAGCAAUCUUGAGGAUCAGCAGUUGGGUUGCCUAUGGAUGGGUGACAACCUUCUUUCUGUCUCCUUGUCUGGAAACAUUAACUACCUGGACAGGAAUAACCCAUCAACACCAUCCAGGAUCAUCAAGGGCCAUUACAAGAAUAUCAGUGCUGUAGCGGCAAGCAGCUCCCAUAAGAAGAUCUACUCUGCCAGUUUUGAUGGCCGCAUUGUUAGCUGGGCAGAAAAUGGCCAAGGCUCAUAUUUCAAAGGAAAAGGUCAUGAAAAUCACAUUCCUUUUAUGCAAGUUGUUGGAGAUGAGCUUGUUACUUGUAGUUUGCAAGACGAAAUGAGAUUCACCCCCUUGGACACUGAGGAGUAUGGUGAUGACAAAAUAAGUUUCGAUUCUCAGCCAAAGAGAUUUGGAGCUGGCAAGGAUGGCUUGUUAAUCGUUGCUUUUGAGCAGCAACACCAUGUUGUUAUUGUCCGUAACAAGAAGGUGGUCCAUACCGUGAAAGUGCCCUAUGAGCCAACCUCUGCCAGUGUGCACAUUGGACAGGACGAAGUCGCAGUGGGAUCCAAGCGUGGCGACGUGUACAUCUAUAAACUUGACCAAGAUACCCUGGAGGAGAAGACACAGAUAUCAGGAGAGAAACAAGAAGUGAUAGACCUAGCCUACUCUCCAGACGGGGGCUGGCUUGCAGUAGCGUCAGACAGAAAAAUCUUCUGCUUUCAGAAGAUAGACUACAAGGAAAUCACUAAGGACUUCUGGACACACAAUGCUAAGAUCACCUCUAUUGCCUGGUCUCAAGAUUCUAAGCACAUUGCAUCUAGUUCGCUGGACACGAACAUCCGUAUCUCCUGCCCCAAUAACCCGAAAGCCAAAAACCUCAUUGAAGCCGCGCAUCCUAAGUCUUCCGUGACUAGCGUUGCGUGGUACGACAACGACACGCUAGUCUCCGUUGGGCACGACUGCUGUGUCCGCCUGUGGAACAUCUCACCCCUCUGAGCUCGACUCGUGAUGGUUCUAAUGCCUGCACAAGGGCCGCAGGAUGAUGGCUUAGUCUGAAAAUCGACAAGCUUUUGGAAAGAAAAUAUUUUGUAUUGUGAUAAUAAAGGGAGAGUAGUAAUAGUAGACGGCGAUUGAAUUUGUCUCGAAAAUGCCUAGGGUAGAAAUGGAAACAUUGUAUUUUGUGUUGAAUCUCCCUUUUCUUAAAUAAGUAAAUUUCUGCACCAUAGACCUAAGUAACACAAGAAAUUUGCGACAAUAGUGAACGCUUACGUAGCAAGCGUCUCUGUGGGGAUUCAGAGAAGGAAGCCAACACUCGAUUCUAUUAAACAAAUUUUGUAGAUGAUUAUCCUUUUGUAAAAUCACUUUUUUAAUAUUAAAAUGAAUAUUUACAGUA